AUGGGCUCGACGGCGGCGUACAGCGGCCCGGAGCCGAUUGCUGUCAUAGGCAUUGGGUGUCGCAUGCCGGGCGAUGUCCGUUGCCCAAAAGAUCUAUGGAAUCUGCUCAUGUCGGAACGCAUCGCCAACAAAGCUAAAGUUCCCAGAUCGCGAUUCAACAUUGAUGCAUACCUUCAUCCGAGCAAUGAACGACCAGGAAGCUUCAACGUCCCAGGAGGCUAUUUUCUCGAAGAUGACCCCGAGGCGUUCGACCAUGGGUUGUUCAAUAUUUCCCCCGUGGAGGCUCUGUGGAUGGAUCCGCAACAGAGAAAGCUACUUGAAGUGGUAUAUGAGGCGUUUGAGAGCAGUGGGACAACCCUUGAGACAGUUUCUGGACAGAAGACAGGAUGUUUUGUUGGAUCGUUCACAUUUGACUUCCAACACAUGGCUCAGAAAGAAUCCGACUUCAGACAUGCGUACGUAUCGACGGGGGUUGAUACCGGAAUACUUGGCAAUCGCAUCAGCUACGUUUUCGACCUGAGAGGCCCGAGCCUGACUGUAAACACAGCCUGUUCAUCGUCCCUAUACGCCCUCGACCUUGCCUGCAAAGCUAUCGCGUCAGGCGAAUGUGAUAGUGCCGUCGUGGGCGGGACAAACCUCAUUCUUACCGUUGACCAACAGAUGAACACGGCGAGGCUCGGCGUUCUCUCUCCGACAAACCAGUGUCAUACAUUCGACGACGCCGCAGACGGCUAUGGUAGAGCUGAAGGCGUCGGCGCCUUGUACAUCAAGCCUCUGAGUGCUGCUAUCAGGGACGGCGAUCCCGUCAAGCCCAAUAUCGGACAUAGUGAAGCCGCGAGCAGUAUGGGAACUCUUAUCAAGGCAAUCCUCGCUUUGGAGAACGGUAUAAUCCCGCCCACGGUUGGCAUUACCAGCCCGAGCAAAAGCAUUCCAUGGACUGAACGAACUGUUCAUGUCGUUACGCAGCCGAUGGCUUUCCCAGAGAGGCAGCUUCUUCGACGAAUCGGUGUCAGCGCUUUUGGCUAUGGCGGAACAAACGCGCACGCGAUUCUCGAGAGCGCCGAUAAUCUUGUGCCGCCUCAUCAUCUCCGACACCGGUUCGUCAGGCCACUGGGUGCAUGUGUGUCUCAAAGUGUGGUUCCUCCGGAUGAAGUCGCAGCACGGCCGUCCUUGCUGCUGCUAUCGGCCCACGACGAGCCUACCUUGAAGAAUACGAUCUCCGACUACGCCCGCGAGUGCAAAGAUGCGGACCUUCUCGAUUUAGCAAAGUCCACAUUUGCGACUGACAUGCUCGAAGCAUCCUCCAGCUCACUGAUGGCACCGAACCAGCCGACACGAAUUGCUUUCGUGUUCACGGGCCAAGGUACGCAGUGGACAAGGAUGGGAGCCCAGCUCUUCGACAUGUAUCCAACGGUACUCUGGACGAUACAGAGUCUGGACAGACAUCUGGCAACCUUGUCUGUGGCGCCAACAUGGACAAUUGAAGAAAUGCUCCUGAAAGGACAAGAUAGCGUCGUGAAUGAUUCCGAGUACUCGCAGCCUCUUUGCACGGCUAUUCAAAUUGUGCUCGUGGACCUCCUGGCGAGUUGGAAUGUUUCCCCGACAGCAACUAUUGGACACUCCUCUGGUGAAAUCGCUGCGGCGUACGCUGCAGGUACAAUAUCAGCCGAGGAUGCGAUCACCGCUGCUUACUUCAGAGGCAAGGUCGCCGCGUCUUUGAGAUCCGACGGUGCCAUGCUGGCUGUAGGCCUUGGAGCAAGCGAAGCUCAGGACAUCGUCGAAAGUGGCCCAUGGCGGGGGAGAGUCAUCGUGGCAUGCCACAACUCGCCCAAUGCUGUGACGCUCAGCGGCGACUGCGUUCCUAUUGAGCAGCUGAAACUCGAGUUCGACAACCGAAACAUAUUCGCGCGAAUGGUGAAAACAGGUGGAAAGGCGUAUCAUUCUCAUCACAUGAGAGAUGCCGCUAUAGCCUACGAAAGCUAUCUCACUAGUGAGGCAGCGACGGCACAAACGCCAAGUCGUGGCGUCGUUGUGCCAAUGUUCUCUACAGUCCGGCCAGAGCGUUUAGUCACUGUCAAUGGGUACAUCCCAGCCAGCUACUGGGUUGACAAUUUGAACAGCCCCGUCCUCUUCUCCGAGGGCCUCCAUCAAAUGUUGGACACAAUGCCAGAGCUGAACACCAUUAUCGAGUUAGGCCCGCAUCCCGCCCUGGCUGGAUCGAUACGGCAGAUCUGCCAGGUUCUGGGGAGAAAUGAGAUUGUCCAUAUACCAACACUGAAGCGCAAUGAACACGACGGAGAGCAGAUGCUUAAGAUGGCCGGAAGUCUCUGGACCAUGGACGCAGACAUUGACGUGGUGGCUGUAACCUCAAUUGAUCGCAUCGAAGGCGGGUCAAUUGAACGACGAACUGGGCAUCUGCUCGUCGAUCUUCCCACGUAUCACUGGACAUAUUCGAAGCCAUGCUGGACGGAAUCGCGGCAGAGCCGAGAACAUCGGCAAAUGAUUGAGCCACGGCACGAUAUACUGGGCCGAAGGGUUCUGGGCACGUCGCCCCUUGAGCCAAUUUGGCGAAACGUACUGCGACUGAAGGAUCUGCCUUGGCUGGCUCAGCACCGUUUGGGGGGCGAGUUCAUGUUGCCAGGUUCGGGAUACCUCGCGCUUGCUCUGGAGGCAAUUACGCAGAUCAAUGCACAAUCGCAAUUACCACUUCCAGUCGACAGCUAUACAGUCAGAAAUGUGGUCAUAUCCACUGCGACCGUGGUACCCGACGAUGACGAGGGCACUGAGAUCAUGUUCCGCCUACAGCCAGAAUCCGGGAAGCUUGACGUGUCCGAAAAUGGUGUUUCCAGUCAAUGGUAUGACUUUCAAGCAUCCUGUUGCGCCUAUGGAACAUGGAAGGAAACCGCAAGAGGCCGGGUUGCCAUCAACGUCAGAGGUCUUGACUCUCGACAAACGACGGCACCCUUCCCCGAGACACCACAUCGAGCAGACCAUCUUGACUGGCUAGACAAGCUACGAUCAGUUGGCUUCGACUUGGGCCCAGCUUUCUGUCAUAUUACCAGCAUUUUCACCAAUGGCAAGUCGCACCAUGCUCGCGGCGACAUGUCAAUCAACACUACCUGCGGUCUGAUGGAGGCGGAGUCGCGCUAUGUUCUCCAUCCUACAGUUCUUGACUCUUGCUUGCAGCCCUUUUUAGCGACAAUUCAUCAAGGCAGAAUUGAUGAGGUCCGUUGCGGUACGAUCCCGACGCACUUCGAUGAGGUCACGGUGUACCCCCCAACACCACAACAGUUCGUUGAGCCAUCCAAGCUGCAAGUAUGGACUCCUCAGCUUGGCAAUCGUGCUUUCUCGUCGAACUCACAAUUGAUCGCGAGUGAUGGGGCGUUACUGGUCGACAUUUCUGGAUGUCGCAAUCUUCUUUAUGGUUCUGCUAUCCCCGAAGAUAUGAAGGGUCCUCGCAAUCAGGACUUGUUCAUCAAGUCCGAAUGGAAGAUCGACGCGGAGUAUAUCGAAUGGGCGAAUGCCCCCAUGGCGCUGGAUGGGGACCCGAUAAUUGCCGCGACAGACAUACUGCUGCAUAAGAAUAUCUCGCAACGGACGCUGUGUCUAAAUGCGUCAUGGGCCGACGAAGUACUCGCUGCUCACCCUGGGACUGACUUGACCAUCGCCAUCUAUUCGGCGACUCAAUUGGAACAACGUUCCGCCAAGUCUGUCGAAGCUUGCUCGAUACGCGCGAUCGAAGUUUCACCCCAGUUGCACACCGUGGAAGAAGAGGAGCCCUUCCAAUUGGUGCUCGCGUCCGUGGCGCGAGAUGGUCAGCAGCAUACAAAGCUCGACAACAUCCAUCGCAUGAUGGUGGCCUCUGGCGUGCUUCUCCUCCAGAUCGAUCCCAGCGACGCCGAAGAAUGGGCUCAAGAUUUGCAUUUGGCCAACUUUGGUGGGGUCACCCAACUCGCUGGUGGCGUUGUCCUCGCAACGGCCGAGAAGAGCGUUGAGGUCAAUGUCGACGCCUCUGUUGUGGUGCCGGGGCACGUCGUCCUUGUAUACAGAACGCAUACAACGCCAUUACUGCAGUCGAUGGCUCAAUCAUUGAGAGGGAAGGGAUGGCAAGUAUCGUGUCGGCCCAUUAGCUCACCAGGUACGGUCUCCGGAUGCCCAGUCUUAUUGUUGGCAGAUCUGGAAGGCCCUUUGCUCGCAGACCUCGGAGAAGAGGAUUUGAAGGGGCUUAUCUUCUUGACCGAGAACGCCUCUGCGAUUACCUGGGUCACAUUCGGUGGCCUUUUGACGGGCGACAAGCCAGAGUACGGCAUGACGGCGGGUGCAGCUCGGGUCAUUCGGAACGAAAAGGGAUCGCUCGACCUUGUCACGGUUGAUGUUGACCUUGAAACGACCAGCGUUGCACGAAUCGCACAUCUGCUGAUCGACAUACUUUCCCGCCAGCGCCUCCGAGGCCGAAAUGGAGAGACCGAAUAUUGCAUGACGAAGGAUAUGGUAUACGUCGCCAGGCUUGUCGCACACCACGAGAUCAACUCCAAUCUCGUCAUGGACUCCGGAAAGUCGUUGACAGUCUACCAGUGCGACCGCCCUCUCGUUUAUGGUGCUAUUCGCGACGGAGAAAUUGUUUAUCACAAGCAGAUAAGUCAACCCAAUAAUGAACUUGGCACCGAGGAAGUUGAAGUCCUCGUCGAGGCAAUCGGCCUGACGUCUUCGGAUUGGUCCGAUGACUCGACGCACCUGAGCCACGAGAUCGCGGGAGAGGUCUCCAGAGUCGGAGAUGGAGUGACCGAUCUCGUCCCCGGGAUGAAAGUUGUCGCUUUGGCUUACGGCAAUCUCUCGACCGUGCAGCGCACCCAGCCUCGCUUCACCCGCCAGCUCCCACUGCACAUUACUCCGAUCCAAGCUGCGGCGAUGACAUCAGCAUUCGUGACCGCAACGUAUGCAUUGGAAGACAUCGGCCGCAUUGAGAGCGGUGACUACGUGGCGAUUGUCGACGGACUCAGCCAUUCUCGUGCUUCAAUGGCGACAUCUCUGGUCAAGUUUCUCAAGCCGCUCGUGGUAGAGGCUUAG